UGUGCGACUUCGGGUUGUCUCAAGUACACACGCUCUCGAGACAACUAGGAAGGAUAUUCUUAACAACCGUGAAGCGACGCAGCAGCACAUAGGCGGUGGUACCAUAACACAUAUUGCUCCUGAACAUUUAGCGAACCCCAACUCCAAGCCCACGACCAAGUCAGAUGUAUACAGCUACUCAGUGUUUUUGUGGGAGUUGGUGACAGAACUACAGCCGUACGGAAAUAUGAAUUAUUUUGGCGACACUUUAGUUUUAUUGAAAGACCACAUUGUGAAAGGCUUAAGACCUGACAUCUCAGAGAUUCCCAAGACUACCCCGACACCACUUAUCAAUGCUAUAGAGAGAGGUUGGCACGCUAAUGCAAAUGUACGACCAGAAUUUCAAGAUAUUACAGUCCAGCUGAGAAAAAACAUCGUUUAUGAAGAUGCAAGAUUAAGCGAAUUGGUCUCUGAUAUUUUGGUCGCUUGGGUUCCGCAAACUACAACGUCAUUAAGCGACAGAUCAUACACAUGUGGGCAACGACAGUCCAAAUUACUCGACACUGGAAUUGGGACUUCUACACUUAAAAGCGUAGACCAAUACAGGUCUGUUAUUUCCGGUGAAACGAAAAGUGCACCUAACAAUUACAUUGUUGUGAAAUCGGGUUCAAACACCAGUGCUGCUACUACGACCAAAUCCACGAUCGAUUCUGGUCUCUUCAGCAGCACUUUUCAAAGCAAUGGAGCGGAAAUACCACCAGCAAAACAAAACUUGGGCUCUAUUGAACCAGAAUUGGCUACAGAAACUACACAUCUUAUUUCUGCAGGCAGCAGCCAACAUGAUCAGCCGAAAUCGUUUUGCAAAACCAAGUGGCAAAAAAUUGUAGCGUUUGUCGUAUUAUUCCUGGUGAUUGGUUGGGUUACAGGUGUUCUUUGUUGGAACUUUAUUUUUAAACCGGCGACCGGCCACGUGGCGUGUGCGAAACUAAACGGGAAGUGCAUUAAACGGAAUUAUGAUAUUUGCUACGGGAAACAAAGCUUUGGAAUUUGUACCGCCACUGGAAAAUCAGAAUCGUGCUGUGUUACUACGGACACCGAUCGACUGAAUGAAGAUAAAUGGAGAUAUGAUGACGCGAAAUGUAGAGCAUUGGGCGGUAACUGUCAAAUGAAGAGCAAUUCAUGCGAUGGUAAAUACGCCCCACUCAUCUGCGGAGGACCAACCUCUAGGCAAUGCUGCUUAGGAAAAUAUCGCAAUUCUGACAUAAAAUGCGCCAAACUUGGUGGGUAUUGUGUUGACUGGAGAUACCAUGAGUGCGGUGCUGGUUACACGAAGGGUUUAUGUGGAGGAGACAAUAAUAGACGAUGUUGCUUGUAUUGUGACUAUCUUUGCUAUUCUGCUGAAAAGAAAUACAGUUCCCUGCCAUGUGACGACCCAUGUAAGCAUAGAGGAGGAACGUGUAAAAAUUCCACCAAUUUCUGCAACUCUGAUUACUUGAUCGGACUCUGCUGUGGUAACAAUGGUCGAAGCUGCUGCCCUGGUUAUUGAAUUGCUUAAAACAAGAAAAGAAUGUUCUCGAAUGUCUUAUUGCUAGUUUAUUGUAUAUACCACUGUGGGGAAAGACUGGAUACUAUUGGCACAUAAAUACCGUACUUUAUUUUAGAGUCGCAGGGCUACGAUUAUGUAUUUCUGUAAAUAUUGUUUGUUUACUACCAAAUUGGAACAAAA